AUGGAUUCUCAAAAAAGAGUAGCAGGAUUUUGUGUUAUUGUAGGGAAGUUCGCAACAAUCACGCUAGAUCUGUUGCCACAGAAGUCUCUGCUCAGCCUCUCCCUCACCGUUGUGAAGCUCCGGAAUUCUCAGCAAAUGGCAGACAUGUUGCAUAAGGCUAUUCAAUCUAUGUCGCUGGAAGAGGAAGCUCCACUGGUUCUCCCAGACAGUCCUCGUUUCCGUGUUUUUGACGAGAACACUUACAGUUUGCUUGGUCGUCUGUUGAACCCUGAGUGUCAAUCGAUGGCUAGAAUGAUCGAGUACAUGCCGACGGCAUGGAGGGUUUAUGAUAGGGUUCGCGGUAUCGCUUUGUCUCGUGACCGUUUUCAGUUUGUGUUUCAGCGUGAAGAGGACCUUCAGACUGUGUUGAAUGAUAGACCAUGGUCUUACAAUCACUGGGCGAUGGUCAUCGAUCGUUGGACGGCCAAUCCUCCUGAUGACUUUCUUCAACACAUGGAGCUGUGGAUCCGUAUCCGUCAUAUUCCAGUGAAUCUCUUUACUACCAACACUAUGUAUGCGCAGGCUAAAGAGGUGAGCAAGGUUAAAGAGAUAGCUUAUGACCCCAAGGUGUCUCAUACCAAAGAUUACAUCAGAGCCAAAAUCCUUUUCAAUGUCGAUAACCCAGCUAAGGCUUUCAGGAGACUGGAGGUCUCUAAGGAUGCUACGGUUACCAUUGAAUUUGAAUAUGAAAAGAUCCAUAAGCGGUGUUUCCAUUGUCUCCAUCUUACUCAUGAGAAACUUCGGUGCCCUUUGUUGCGGAAAGGUGCCCAAAAGGGCAAUCCUAUGCCACAUACUUCACGCAUCGUCAAUGAAGCUCAUGUGGCCACAAAACUCCUCGAAGGUCCUCCGGGUUUUCCUCAGUUAUUUCCAGAAUUAUCUAAGGAGGACAGGAAGAUGGCUUUGCUCUACAUCUCUCAUUCAGACGAGACAGAAAGAAAAGCUCGGAUCCUGCGUGUGCAGCAAGGCAUCGAAUAG